GUCGACGAUCGGUGAUGCGAGGUGUGGGUGGUGCACCGACACGCAUGGAGGGCCGGACGUUCACAUCGGAGCUGUGCGGAGAUGUCGGAGAACAGGCGAACAUGGACAUCGGGGAAGUGAUCGGGACGCAGUUAGAGGGCGGUGGGUAUAGGGCGAGUCUAUCUGCACAAUCGUGGCAGUACAUGGACGACCAUCCUUCCACCUUCUUGCCUCCAACACACGGCGGUGUGCACGGUUCGAACGGCCGACCCUCUCUCGCCAUGCCAGUGCAGGAUGUAUCUGGAUGCGGAGGUCGGGGUGCGUACCCGACUACAAUGUACAACUACGGUAUGCAGCAGGGUUCUAGUGGGGUGUAUGGCCAAUGUACGCAGCAGCCUCGUAUGCGGGCAGUAUCUCCGAGGACCGACUCCCCCAGAUGGGGUUGUGUCCCCGAGCAUUUUGUUCAGCCGUCGCAACAUCGUCUGCAAGGUCUACCGCCACUAUCUCCGCCGGUGAACAGUCGCACAACAACAAUGGGUGAAGACAACAGUCCUGGACAGGCGAGGGCGCAGCAGACUGCAACGGGUGCAUCGGGUACCCGGGCUGCGGGAGGGCCAUCACACGGUGCCGGCAUAGGGAGUGCACAAGAGCAGCAGCAACCACCGGGGAUGGCGGAGCACGUCGUGGACGAAGUUGAAAGGCCACGAUCUGUGUUGACGACAGGUGGCGAAGGUAGAACAUCAGCGUCCCAGGGCACAGGCGGUGGUGGUGAGAAGAGAAAGGCCCCGGAGCCAUCGCCGCAACCAAAGAAGAACAGCAUAUGGACGUUGGAGGAGCGAGUGUUGUUGGCGAAAGUAAGCGGCGAGUCGGGUUCUGGGGGAUGACAAAGAAGGAUGCUGGGCCUACGAGGCUGCUACCCCGAUCUCCCUGCUCCCCUUCG